AUGGACAGGUUAAUAACAUUAGAGCCAUCAAAUGUGGUUGCAAUACGGAUCGAACAAGGUCAAAGGUGUUAUGGUCAACUCACAUUACGAAAUGUCAUGUACACAAUGCCCGUAGCUUUCCGUUUACAACCAAUGAACAAAUCCCGUUACACUAUCCGUCCACAAUCCGGGAUCAUUUCCCCACUAACAACCGUUACAAUCGAAAUCACAUACGAUUUUCAAGAUUCAUCUCUCCCCAGGGGUGGCUCAUUUCCUUACUCUGACGACUCCUUCUUGCUACACAGUGUCGUGGUCCCCGGUGCAUCCGCUAAAAACCCGACCUCGACCCAUGAUUCGGUCCCGAGCGAUUGGUUCACAACGCGUAAAAAACAAGUUUUUGUGGAUAGCGCGAUACGGGUCAUGUUUGUCGGGUCGAUGGUGAUGACCCGGCUUGUGAAGAACGGGUCGAUAGAUGAAAUUCGCGAGGUUUUAGAAAAGAGUGACCCGAGUUGGAACGCGGUCGACUCGGUUGACUCGGAAGGUCAAUCGUUACUCCAUUUAGCGGUUUCCAAAAGUCGACCCGAUUUAGUCCAGGUGUUACUCGAGUUCGACCCGGACGUUGAGUGUCGAAACUGGUCCGGGUCGACCCCACUCGAGUCCGCGGCUAGCUCGGGUGAGACCUUGAUUGUCGAGCUAUUACUGGCUCACCGAGCUAGCAUCGAGCGGUUCGAGUCAUCCACAUGGGGUGCGGUUCAUUUAGCCGCUGGUGGUGGUCAUGUGGAUGUUUUGAAGCUUCUUUUACUCCGAGGCGCGAACGUGAACUCCCUUAUGAAAGACGGAAACACUGCGUUACACCUGGCGGUGGAGGAGCGGCGGCGAGACUGUGCUCGCAUCCUCUUGGCCGCCGGAGCAAAGGUCCAUAUCGGAAAUUCCGAUAACGAAACCCCGUUACACAUCUCCGCCGCUCUCGGAGACGAUAACAUGGUGAAGCUUCUAUUACAAAAGGGGGGUAAUAAGGACAUUAAGAACAAAUUAGGUAAAACGGCGUAUGACGUGGCGGCGGAGCAUGGGCACACGCGGUUGUUUGAUGUGCUCCGGUUGGGCGAUAGGCUGAGUGUGGCGGCGAGGAAAGGGGAGGUGAGAGCGAUUAAUCGGUUACUUGAAGGUGGGGCCGCCAUUAACGGGGUGGAUCAGCAUGGGUGGACGGGGUUGCACCGGGCAUCGUUUAAAGGGCAUACGGAUGUGGUUCGGGUGUUGAUUGAAAAAGGUGUUAACGUUGAUGCGAGAGAUGAAGAUGGGUACACUGCUAUGCAUUGUGCAGUUGAAUCUGGGAAUGUUGAUGUUCUUGAGUUGUUGGUGAAGAAAGGGGCGGAUGUUAAGGCGAGAACCAAUAACGGUGUGACAGCUAUGCAAAUUGCGGAUUCGUUGAAUUACGCUGGAGUUAUAAGAAUACUUAUUAAUGGAGGUGCUAAUAGGGAUGAAGUCAAAAAGGUCAGUCAAGGUUUACCGGCUUUUGGGAAUAAAAUUGGCGGGAGAUUGGAUAAGGAGACAAUGAAGAAGAGGACUACACGAGCAAAAGUUGUUCGUGGUAGUUUUGGAUAUAGUGGUUCACCGUUAGCUAGGGUUAGUUAA